UUUACCAAACGGGAAACACUGAAACACUGAAUACCUAAAUUUUUACAAUCGGAGUUUUAAUUUGUUUUGUGCUUGUGUUUUGUGGAACAUUACCCUUCACGGAAGUUGUAUAUUUAUUUGGGAUAACUAUUCAUUUGCAAACUGAACCAUGUCUGCUGGAGCUGUAGUACAAAAAUUAGCAAAACCACAAUUACGUGGACUUUAUGAUAAGAAAACCAAGUUCCACCUUGUGUUUAGUAUUGUUUUAUCUAUUGGAGUUGGUUUGGCAUACAAAUAUGGUAUUGGUGAACCCCGCAAGAAGGCUUAUGCAGAAUUUUACAAACACUAUGAUGCCGAAAAGGAUUUUGAAAGAAUGAGGAAAUUAGGACUUUUUUCAUCUUGCCCUGUUGAUGAUUAAAAUAACCUAUGUCAUAAUGUAAUUAACUAGUUGUUCUAUGUAAAUUUAUUUGAUCAGAAAAAUCAAUGAAUACAUUUUUGUAUUGAUAAAAUAUAAUUAAUUAUUAUGUAA